CGGGGGCGCUGUGUGUCCUGGAGGGUGGUCGGUACGCGGUGGCUGAUGGCGGCUCUGACUUUCCCGGCGGCCUCUCCUUCUACAGCCGCCCCGGGGCUCAGCAUCCCCCUGCCGGGCGUUAUAUUCCUCGCCGUCGCCCUCUAUCUCAUCGUGCUGCUGAUCCUCCUCCUGAUUCACCAGUGUCUCCAGGCUCGAGGCUGCUGCCCGUCCUGUAUGGGGUGGCAGAAGGUGGACGACUUUGGCUUCUGUGAUAUGUGCGCCAGUUGUGCCCAGUCAUGUGACUGCAAGAUUCCCACGGUCACCGGCUGCAUGGAUCGGUGCUGUCCCUCCAGGCCGGGCUGCGCCGGAUGCCGCGCUGUCUCCGGUUGUCCGUGCGGCUUCGCCUGCGUUUAUCAGCCUCCCGACUGCAGCAUCAUUAACUGCAUCUGCUGCGAGAUCAAGAUGCGGUGACGAGGACCGGACGGCGGUCACCCCCAAAGUGUCCGGGCAGCAGCACUGCCCCCGUUAGGAGCCCCCGACUCCGGUGCCUACCUUCGUCUCCUGUAGGGGGGGCUCCUGUCUUGUGCGCACAGUGUUGGUGACGGUCCAGUAUCGGAGCACCCCUCCCCGCCCCCCACCUUGCACAGAUUUUUUUUUUACAUUUUCUGUAUUUAAUGUCUAU